UGUUACGGUAUUGUCGUCGGCUGCGGGUCACGGCGAGUCGUUCGAAAAGCCACGUGAUCGUCUUUUCGCCGGUGCUCGAAGUACUUUCGAUCGGUCAACCCUUUCGAUCUUUAACGAAAGGAUCAAUGAUAAAAUAGUGUCGUCGUUUAAAGUUCGCGACGUUGAAAUAAAUCUUCAUAAAUCUUCAUAAAUCUUUGAUGUUCAUGGUCGGUGAAUUAUUUUCUUUUCAAUUCGUACACCGGUCUCCGUCUUUGUUUGUCUCGAAUGUGAUUAGUGCUACGUACUUCUACCUUGAGAAUAUAAACACGCGGGUCGGUUACGGUUUAUUCGUACAUUAUUCACCUGGCUCAGUUCGUCGCGACAUGCGUCCUUGCUCGCUUCGCUCGUACGGCUCUUAGUUCAUAGACGGACUUGGACAUGGUAGAAAGACGCAGUUAACGGGACACGUGUUUUUUAGUGUGAUACUACGUGGACGACGACGUGGAGUGUCUAAAGGUGUUCAAGGUGCAUCGGGAACCGGUGAAGGGAUAAAGAAUGCGACUGCUGUAGGGGUUGCGGACAGGAAUUCGGGAUCCCCGGGAGCUCUUCGAUAAGGCAUGCUAUGCGCCAGAAGACUGGAAACAGAGGAUCCCGCGGAAGAUGACAGGGUUAAGUAGAUAAAAGGAGCAGCUACUUCCAUCGACCACGAGGACGAUUCAUCGCGUUUUCCAUGCAGUGCACAAUGCUCUGCCAUCGCGUCCUUGUCGUUCUCUUUGCUGUCAACGUGCCAAUCGUGACGGGGGUAGGGCCAGACUUCGUUUAUCCGCUGGAGAAUGUAACGAUCCCGCAGGGUCGAGACGCUACCUUCACCUGCGUGGUGAGCAACCUCGGUGGAUACCGGGUGGCGUGGAUCAAAGCGGACACCAAGGCGAUUCUGGCGAUUCACGAGCACGUGAUCACGAACAACGCGCGUUUAUCAGUAAAACACAGUGACCCCAACACGUGGACAUUGAACAUUCGUGGUGCACGCCGAGAAGAUCGAGGCAUUUAUAUGUGUCAGGUCAACACGGAUCCUAUGAAGAGUCAGAGCGCGUUUCUAGAAGUGGUGAUACCACCGGACAUAAUAUCUGAAGAAACAUCGAAUGAUCUGAUGGUACCGGAAGGUGGUUCUGCGAAGCUGGUAUGCAAAGCUCGUGGAUAUCCAAAACCAGAGAUCGUUUGGAAACGAGAAGAUGGUGCUGAAAUUAUUUCCCGUGCUGGACUCUCUGGUGGCAAGACGAAAAUCGCAACAGCCGAGGGUGAAACGCUGACUCUGUCGAAAGUAACCAGAAGCGAGAUGGGUGCCUACCUAUGCAUCGCAAGUAACGGAGUACCACCGUCAGUCAGCAAACGGAUGAUGCUGCAUGUGCACUUUCACCCGAUGGUUCAAGUACCGAACCAGCUAGUCGGUGCACCAACUGGAACCAACGUUACGCUGGUUUGCUUCGUGGAAGCAUCCCCAAAGGCCAUUAAUUAUUGGACACGCGAAUCAGGUGAAAUGAUAAUCAGCAACAGUAAAUACUCGAUGUCAGAGGUGAAAACUUCGGUGUACAGCGUUCAAAUGCGUUUGGUGAUCAUGAAUCUUCAGAAACAGGAUUUCGGUGGUUACAGGUGCAUUUCAAAGAACUCGAUCGGCGAUGCAGAAGGCAACAUUCGACUUUACGAUAUGGAUCUACCAAAGCACUCGAAGAAAGUGGAAAACCGUCGAGGGGAGUACGACACAAAUGAAUCGAUAAGUAAUCGGGAUCACAGACUGAAUCACGUGUACCAGGGUUCUUUACGUGAAACGGGUUCGACCUUAGAACCGUACUUCGACGAUGACGAUGUAUCCUCAUCGACAUCGUCGAACAAAAUUCUACCAAUCGCCUCUUGUAUCCUUCUGAUAACACUUUGCCAGCUGCUUGUUUUCACGUAAAGAAUAUUCAAACGCGUUGAACGAAACAAGUCAUAUAUUUCAUUCGACGAUAAUUCAUUAUUUUUAUCGCGUCGUUAACUAUCGAACUCUGUGCUGUGUUAGCCAAUCGACUGAAAAGAUAUCGUCAUUUUAAUAUUGAUCCUGUAUUUAUGUUCGUUUCGUCACUCCAUCGAUGAUACUCUACCAGAUCUAGUCAACAGAAAUUUGGUUGCAGGUUGUUUAUUCGGUAAGUAACGAUAUCUACAGUAUUUUUUUGUUUCAUUUAUUUUAAUAAUUUGAAAUUUAACAGUGAAGUAAUUUUAACUCUUUAGUUUUUUUUGGGGGGGGGGGGGGAUCUUUGAGAGUUUCUCAAUGUUUAUUUUUUUUUAGAUUAAACUAUUACAAGUAUGCAGAAUUUUUGAUUAUUUUAUCCAUCAUUUUUACUACCCUUAAAAGAAAAAAUGAAUACGUACUAUGGUGAAAGACAAUGUAUUCUUAGAAUAAAUAAAAUCAUAGGCAAAUUGUUUAUGUAUAAAUGAUGGAAAUAUUUGAAUCAGAGUCUAGUAUAAUUAAGCAUCAGAUUUGAAUUUUUUACCUCGCUUUAUUAAUCAUAAACCUUAAAUCUCGCAUGGCAUUCAAUACGUAAACCAACUACCAAUCUCCGACUACGCUAAUCUCGAUAGAUUCCUAAAAAAAAAUAAACACACCCAUAACGAAGUGACAGAGGGAAUACAAACGAUCGCGUUCCAUCCGAUAUUUCCUUUAAUCACCAUAUUUCCCCGAUGUACCAUGUAACAAGCGUUUGAACGAAAGGCAGCAAAGAGGGUUGACGGAAAAUCAAGUAAAACCUUUCGAUUUUCCUCGCCUCGGUUCCGUGACCUCCGCGAGUUAAACACAGAAAUAAAAGUUGGCAAAGACGAUAAUCGUUUCAGGGAAACGCGAUCGGGGCUCAGCCAUUUAAUAAAAGUCAAAUCGAGCGAACGAACCGCCGAUCCGGCCUUGUUUAUUCAGAUCCAGCCGAUCGAUGCGGCAUUUAUAACACGAUACUCGGCCUGAUGCCGGGUAUUAUCAUGCCACGAUGAACGUGAAAUUAAUAUUCUAACGAAUAUCGGAGAAACGGAACGAUGGGAAGGAAGAUCUCGUCACGUCGAACAGCUCCACCCGUGCGAUUGUCCGUCUAGGCUUAACGAGAUAUCUCGUUAGCAGUGCAUGUUCGUCUGUGGUCUCUAUCUCCCUUCAACACGGUCUCUCGAUUAUCUGAUCUGUUGAAAUGAUAGAAUUAUUAAAUCCUGGACUCGUUUCGUGUUUUUUUUCUCUCUUUUUUAACUCUUCGUUCUUCUCUCUGUGUGAUUCGUUCGUUGGUGUACGUCGACACGACACAUUAUUGUGAUCGUUGAUGAGGAUAUCAGGGAACCGAGAUAAAUACACGAUCGCUAGCAAAAUCUAGUUACGCAAAUGUUAGCCGGGACAAAGAAAUACGUACGAAAGCAGCCGUACGAUGCUGGUUUCAUUAAAAUUGUUGUAUAAGGGUGAAAGUGUUCUUUUUUAAUUGUGACUUGUAAUAGUGGGCGGAAGUUGCCUUUUGUCGGAGUGUUAUUAGGUUGAAUAAUGUAACGAUGAAUUAGGUUCGUUUGAAGAAUUAAGAGGAAAUAAUUAUUUCGAAUAAGAUUACUGUUGUAAUAUUAAUGUAGGGUAGCUUGAAAAUUGAAAUUAGAAAAUUAAUUGUUCCUGUUUUUAAUACGUUCAGUGCCAGGCGAGAUUUUAAAGUUUAUGAUAAAUUGUUUAAAAAUAGGUCAACAAAUUAAAUUCUGAUGCUUAAUUAUAGAAAGUUUAAAAUUUUUCCCAUGUUAUUUCAAUGUUUGUAGAAAGCUAAGAUUAAGUAUUUAAUAAUUUGCUGUUCGACAGCUUUUGACAAUCUAAGUUUCCUUUUAUAUUUUAUAAUUAAAGUUCACUCUUGCGGCUUUGCAAUCAGCAAAUAUAAUUGAACUUAGAAAAUUCAUUUAUUACUUAACAGAAUUUCUAACGUAAGUAUCAUCGAGAGGAAACAAUGCUCUCUCUCUUUUUAUAUUAUAUAGAUAAAAGAUAAAUUAGCAAUUAUUGACUAAUUGAAUCCAAUACAUAUCCCUAAUCAAUUAUCAAGUAGGAAUAUAAUUUCACGCGUUUAAUCGACGAUUAGAAGUACACAAGUCUGAAGAUAUCAUUAGAUUUGUAAUAAAUGCAGAGAUUUGUACAGAUGGACUGAGUUUAUCGGAAUAGUUACAAUAAAAAUCAUUUAAAAAUGAUUUUCUGAUGAAUACAGAAAUACAAAAGUCCUUUGUAACUUAAUACAAAUUAAUGAACUGUACCUAUAACAUUUUUUUCUAAUUCUAAUUUUCAUAAUAUUUGAUUUAUUAAAAUAUCUAAAUUACAUUUUCCUCCACACUUUCAUUCAUUAAGAUACCUUGAUUUUCUGUAUUAAGCAUACAAAUUAAUUAGCUAAUUAGUUAUUAAAAUAAUCGUUAUUGUUAUUAAACCUCUUGAACCAUUUAAUGACAUUUCAAAUUCAUGAAAACAAAGGAAAAUCUUUUAAUUGAAAAGAUGUAAUAUUAAUAGCAUUCAAUUAAUUAGUACGUCCAAUAAAAU